CACACGAAAUGCUCAUCGCCGGCCCGCCUCCAUCACCUUCGCGAUAUCCUGACUUCGUCCUCCCCGAACCCGUCAUCACUCGUCGCCUAGAGCCAUUCCAGUCCGCCGAAGACGAAGACCAAAAACCCCAUCCGCACCGAAGAAAAGCGAGCUGGCAUGUUUCUCGUUGCGAGUGAGACCGCGCUGUCUCUGUCGCUCACCAGCGCCCGGCCAUCCCAAUGCAAGAGGUGUGGGAUUUGGAACAAUGCAUCGCCGAGGACGCGACAAUGGCGAGUUCGUCAUUCCAUGAACUCGCCGGUCGGGCUGUCACGAGCGGGCCUUGGAAGAUAAGGUACUGUGUCCGCGAGUUCAGACCUGCAUGCCGGGAUGGAAAUUCGACAGCACGCGGAGAUGGACAUUCGACAGCACGCGGAGACGGACAUUCGACAGCACGCGGAGACGGACAUUCGACAGCACGCGGAGACGGACAUUCGACAGCACGUGGUCUUGACACCCUUCCAUCCUUCAUCCAUGCCCUUGACAGCAUCUUCAAGCCCGCAACUCAUGCAAGAUACAUCUCACUAGUAUCGCCGAUGUGCCUGGCGCCGUCAACUCGCGCAACAAGACCAUCGAAUCGUACACCACCACGCACGACCUCGCCGAGGAUUCCGGCCUGACCGAGGCUGAGAAUAACCCACCUGGAGACUAUCAGCAUCGAGAUGGAGGCCAUUAUGCGUCAGAUCACAGGCGUUGAAGACUAGGAGCAGCGGGAUACGAAGACCUGGGAGCGUGCGAGCGAGUCCCUGGACUCGUUCACCAAAGCGAGUUGAGGAGGGCAUUUGGAGGUAUAUGCUCAGAGUCUGAAAAAGAUCGAUUGGACCAAAAGAUGGAUAACACACCUGGAAAUCGGAAUGCUCCUUUACGUGCAGAUAUAUUGCCGCGCAGGAAUGACAUUCAGUUCGCUAUCAUAUGCCGCCGGCUCUCGCAAUACAGCAAUGAACCUCUAUGUUUUGCACCGCCUUGGGAAUUUUGCUCGCAAUGCUGCGUUGAGACCGGCCAUCCUGAUAUAUAGGUGGUUUGCUCGACCCUUCAAAGGCCUCCGCCACUCCAUCUCCGCCAUUCCACCACCUCCACCGCCUCCGCUGUCCAACGAGUCUUAAGCCUCCGAUUCCCUUCUUUCCAGCAUUGCAGACAAAGGAGAGGACGACUUAUCCUCCGCCAUCUCGGACAAAGAAGAGGACCCAGCUUCGAAUGUCUUCGACGAGGUCUCCGCACCCCGGUCCCAUCACGAUCUGGCCGAAGCGUCAUAUCGCAUCCUGGUGUAUGUGGGCCACCAACGGCACGCGGCCUUCGCGGCGGCACAGAAUGGGGACUGGAAUAAUAAAGCAACCGGUGGGCGAGAUCCGGCGGACGACGUGAAAGAGGCAUUUUUUCGCCGAAUGUUGAUGCGGGCGGCGCAGACCGAUUCGAAGGGUGGGAAGAGGAGGUUGUAUGUUGCGGUAACCUGGGCGUGCAGUGGCAAGCUUUGGCGCCACGGUUAUUGCAUCGUUAGGAAACGGGCAUGUCUGGCUCUGGCUCUCGAUCUUAUGACAAGGUUGUUACACUGGAACGUAAACGUCUUGCUGUUUCGCUACAUUGUUCGUGCGCACCAAUCUCGUCCCAUCCGUUGGGGCUGGCCUCUCUCCAUCACGAUCCUAUCAAACGAUUCUCGGCAACUAACAGGAACGACUCGCAUGCUGUCCUGCCGCUGCGGUUUUCAUUUUACCUACCAGGCCGAGGACGUCCAGGACGAUGACGAGCCGAGCGAUCGACGUUCAAAUACCAUUCCUGCG